AUGGAAGAGCACCGCAUAACCUCGAUACCACCCGCCAUGGCAUAUCUUCCAGAUUUCAUCAGCGAAGAGGAGGAAAGCAACAUCCUCCAGAAGGCAGGAGCAUUCAUUCCCUCAAACCGAUGGAUCAGCCUCGCCCACAGGCGACUUCAAUCCCUCCCAGCUCGCCUCACCAACUCGAACACUUUAAUCACAUCAAACUCACUCCCCGACUGGCUCGCGAUUCCCAUCGUAGAGAGGAUCCACAAACUGCAAGUCUUCGCCGACGCACCCCAUGGAAUCAACCACUGCCUCAUCAACGAAUACAAUCCAGGCCAAGGAAUCAUGCCCCACGAAGACGGAGCAGCAUACUAUCCUGUCGUGGCAACAGUAAGUCUAGGAGGAUCAUUGGUCCUCGACGUGACCGAAAAAUUGCAGCAUGAUGAAAACAACAACAAGAAAUCAUGGCGCAUUUUUCAAGAACCGAGGUCUUUGCUCGUUACGACUGGUGAAGCUUACUCGGAGACUCUGCACGGGAUUGCGGAAAUUGAAGAAGAUCGAGAUCUCACUUCCGAGACGGUCGCGAACUGGAAUCUUCUGGGCGAUAAGACUCGAAUCGAAGAGAAGGGUGGUGUGAAUGUGAGGACCACGAGAAUCAGUCUGACGUACCGAGAUGUCAAGAAGGUAUCCGCUUUGGGGAACAAGAUUUUUGGAAAGCCCAAAACCUGA